AUGCCACCAACCCCGACCCGAACAUCGUCUCGCCGCGCCAGCGCAGGAACGAAGAGGAAGAAUUACGCCGAGGACGAGGACCACAGCGACGAACAGGCUACUUCACCAACGCGCAAAUCUGCUCGGGCAAGAACUGUCAAGUCGAAGGCGAGCAAGAAGGAAUAUGAUAGUGAUAAUUUGGACGAGGAUGAGGAUGAGGAGGUGAAGGCGGUGAAGAAGAAUUCACCUAGGAAGAGGCGCAGGGUUGGAGAAGACAAGGAAGAGGAUGCAGACGGGAAGGAAGAGGAGUUGAAGGAAGAGAAAGCUAGAGCAUCAGCUAGUUCAACUAGGAAAGGUACGCUCGUCCUAUCCUUUUUCUCUCCCAUACAACAGCGAAAUGAAACGAUUGGUUCUCGGUUCACCCCAGCCCCCUCUCGCAAGAAGGCCAAACCUACAUACGACAGCGACGCUCUAGACGACGAAUCCGCUCAGGAAGAGGAUAAUUCAGAGUAUGACGAAGUGGAUGACGACGACAAAGAAGAGGCGAAACCCAAGUCCAAGUCCAAGCCGAAUCCAGCCUCCAGAUCACCAGCGAAGACCAAGAGCAAGUACUUCUCACCUCGGAAGAAGACCGCAUCCUCCAAAGCCAAGGAUGAAGACGAGGACGAGGAGUUUGACGAUGUGGAUUUGAAAGAGGGCCAGGAAGUCGUUGGAGCGGUCGUACAGGCUCCAACCACCGGGCGAGUCCCGCCAGGCCGGAUAUCCCAGAACACCCUGGACUUCCUGACGCAUUUGAAGGACCCGGCGUGUAACGAUCGGACAUGGUUCAGGCUACAUGGUACGCGUCGCCCCAUCGAUCUCCUCCCGUUCUCAAGACUCACUGACGAUCUUCUCUUCCUGAAUUGCUUCAUAUUUCCGCCUUCUGAACCCGUCUACCGCGUCGCCGAAAAGGAGUGGAAAGACUUUGUGGAGAAGUGGCAGGACGAGUUGAUGGCAGUGGACCCGCAGAUCCCGCAGUUACCGACGAAGGAUGUGAUUCAUAGGAUAUAUCGCGAUAUACGUUUCAGUAAUGACAAGACGCCUUAUAAACGCGGGUUUUCGGCUACAUUUUCUCGAGGUGGGAGGAAGGGUGUCUUUGCGAAAUUGAAACCUGGUGAUGAAAGUUUUAUUGCUGCUGGGUUGUGGUGUCCAGGGCGGAACGAGUUGGCUAAUAUCAGGAUCCUUUCUGCGCCUGGGUUUGUAGAGCUUUUUGGGAAACCGGAGCCCCAUCCCAAAGGAGCGAGGCAGAGUAUUUUUGGGCAUGAGGAUGAGUUGAAGGUUGCGCCUAAGGGGGUUGAUAAGAACCACAAGUACGUGUUGAUAUUCAAUCUUCACCUGUGUUCGAUUGUACAACGAUAA